AUGUUCUUAAAGCACAUCGACUUGACAACCGCUUUGCGGCCCGCGUACCUACCUGAUGAAGACUUGCUCUUCGUGCAAGACAAUGUGGGGCUGUAUGAGGGGAAAUACAAGCUCCCCGACCAUCAGAAUGGCCAGGUUUAUCUGACCUCGCAUCGGAUAUGCUAUGUGGACAAGACCGAGCCGAGGAAGCACUCGGUCGCCCUGGAUCUCAAGAGCAUCGAGCGUUUUGAGUUUUAUGGCGGGUUCCUCAAGUCGUCAGCCAAAAUUACACUUAUCCCGAAGGCGACGAAGCGCUCUUCUUUGCAGGCCAGGUCGCCCGGCAUCGCGGCUGCCCCCUCGCGGAGCAACACAUCCUCGCCCGCUCAACACCAAGAUGGUCCGCGUCGAGGAUCGCCCGUGGAACCUACUCCGGCCAGCAGCGCAACGUGGGUUUGCACUAUCUGUAGUUUCUCGAACCCGGUGCCAUCCAACUUUGACCCCACGACUGCCAGCGUCCACACGCCGCUCCCCCCAUGUCUCGCCUGUGGCAUCAAGCCCACCUUGACCCAUGUUCUUAAAGCUGCGAUAUCCAACGCUACCAACCGACAGCCCAGCAGUCCAGCAGUGCAGACUCCACUCCCGGUCCGGCCGCGGCCCGUCACCGAAUUCUCGUCUGGGCUGGAUCAUGGCCGCGACUCUUCGCCUCGGAGUUCGGAUCCAGACGCCUCCUUCCAGUGCCCGCGGUGUACUUUCCUCAACCACCCGUCUCUUCUGUCCUGCGAGAUGUGUGGAGGACCACUAAUCUCCCAUGACGUCGCCGCCGAGCUCGCGCCCCAGACCCGAAUCCACACGGAAUCUCCUGGUCCGGUCCUCAACGCCUUGAGCGCCGUCCCCCCUGGUCUUGAAAGCUCGGAAAGCGUCAAAAUCUCCUUCCGUGGCGGGGGCGAGAAGAUAUUCUAUGAGCGUCUCAAGGGUUCCAUGACCCAGCGUAAAUGGCUCCCUCCAAGGUGCACCUCCCAAUCCCCCAAAGGCCUCCCCGAUCCCGGUGGAGACCUCAACUAG